UUGGAAUUCUCCAAAGCAUAGCGCACGGCGUCAAUUCAUUAAACUCACUGCAAUUUCUUUACAUAACUAUGUGAAACUGCUUUUCACAGAUACUUUCCAUUUUUGAGAAAUACCAUGCCUAACGUUGGCAGACCAAGCCGUGACUGCUAUAAUUGCCGGCAAAGACGUAUCAGAUGUGAUCUUAGGCGUCCAGAGUGCGGCCAGUGUCUGAGAAAGAGACAGCCAUGCUCCGGAUAUCGAGAUGAAUCGCAGAUACACUUUCGAGUGGAAAAUGCCUCUUCGUUUUCAUCAGGCACGAGCAUGGAUCGGCGGAGACGGCGUAGUGAGCAAGACCAAACCCACGUUGACUCGUCUGUCUCGACUAAAGGCCGAAACGAACGAAAAUAUCCAACCCUGCGUGAACGAGUUGACCAGGGUUACAAGAGCGAGAAUGGCAAUCGUUAUAAAUUAUUAUUACCCUUACCAUAUAACCAACAGAUAUCUCCAUCUUGGGAUACUCACUAUAUUCCAUUUUUCAUGCAUAGCAUCAAAUCUGCGUACCAGUUGGGCAGAGGAAACUUUGCAGUUAUCCCACGUAUCCUUUCCAGAGCCAGCUCUUCGUCCGCCGUACUUCACGCCUGUAAUGCUGUUGCAUGUGCAUAUAUGGCCCACAAAAUAUGCUCUCCUAUAACUCUAUCUCGGCGAACGAAAACAUAUGGAACUGCAAUUGCUGCUGUAAGUUCUGCUCUGCAUGACUCUCGACAGUAUAAGAGCGACGAAACCUUGUUAGCCAUAUGGUUAUUGGGGAUAUACGAGCUUCUUCUCAGCUUGAAGGACAACGUCAACUCGGCCACCGCAUCUUUUGGAUGGCGAAUCCACAACCGCAUAAUCACAGAACUGAUGCGCCAAAGGGGACCAGAGCAAUUUUCUACCCUGGACGGAAGAAAUCUCUUUGUCAUCUUUUUCACCAACAUGGAGAUGCAAUCCUUCAUGAACGGUCAGGAAUGGAAGGACGCAAUCACAUAUAUUCUUUUCUUUUAUAAAUAUUGCAACCCUUCGGAAUACCCUAUCCUCCGUACAGUUAUAUUCUGUCACCACUGCAGUCGAAUAUGCGGUCGCAUCCAGAGCCUGCUUGACGCCGAAGACCUCGACGAAUUGCAGCACAGCGUGCCAUCCAUUCUCCACGAUAUUGCUGACGUAGAGAAGACGAUAUACCCAUUACAACCAUCCGAUCCUGAAGUAACCGUGAUGAUGGCUGACUAUGGUAUUGACCCGCCAUUAACCCCGUAUAACGAAUGCCAAGAUUACAUCAACCGAUUUGACAAUGUGCAUCAUCUGCAUCAUCUGGCCUGCAAAAUCCAGCAAAGCAACUUCAGAAUGAGACUCUCAUAUCAUGCGCUCAAAUUGCUACACAGUGCCGUAAAGGCACCGAGUUGUACUCCCGAUCAGCGUGCUACAUACAGGGAAAUACAGAAUCGCUGUGUACAAGAGAUCUACACUCUGGCAAGUAACAUGACUCUUCGCUUGAACCCGAGUGGCCGUGAUCCCUCCCCAUCUACAAAAGCCGAGUUUGAAGACGAGGGUAUAAAGCAAGAGUCUUUAGGACAAGACUCUUCUCCGGUUUCCAGUAUUCCUCGAAAUGUUCAAAUAAGUGUGGAUUUGAAGAACGGUUGGAAUGAUAAGUCUACUCUUGUUUGUCAUUAUUCUGCGACAGGAAUUGCAGUUGUUCGGUUUGCGUUUGACUUUUGAGAAGAGAAUGGGAUGUUGAUACAUUAAAUGAGCAUUUCAAAUAUUGUCAUGUACAUAUUAGCAG